UUGAACAGUAUCCAAAGAUGGUAACAGAUAAUGUUGAAUCCAUAGAUAUUUCUCUGAACAUAGAUGGUCUUCCUCUUUUUAAAAGUACAAAUACAGCAUUGUGGCCAAUUUUAUGUGGAAUUCACUUACAACCAAGAAGAGUAUUUCCUCAUGUUUUAACAAUAGGUCCUUCAAAACCUACUAAUCUUGAUUUUCUACAGGAAGCAAUAGAUGAAUUGGACUCUUUACUACAAAAUGGCUUUAAAUUUAACGGUAAAGAAGUAAGAGUGAAGCUAAGAUGUGUAGUAUGUGAUGCACCUGCAAAAGCAAUGAUGAAAGGGAUAAAGUUAUUUAGUGGAUAUUAUGGUUGUGACAGAUGUAAUCAAACUGGUUUCUGGUGUGGACGUAUCACAUACCAAGAUACUGAGAAUAUGCAACUUAGAACAGAUGUUAGUUUUAGAAAUCAAGAUCAAGAAGAACACCAUCACAGACAUUCCCCUUUUUGUCAAUUAAAUAUAGACAUGAUUAAUCAAUUCCCUAUUGAUUACAUGCACCAAGCGUGUCUUGGUGUUAUGAAACGACUUCUUCUAUUGUGGAUGAGGGGGAAAGGGUCACGACGCAUAAGGAUGUCAGCUCAAAACAUUCAAGAUAUAAGUUCAAAGUUGGUACAGUUAGCUGAAUUUAUUCCAAAACAAUUUGCUCGUAAACCCAGAAGCUUGUAUGAAAUAGACAGAUGGAAGGCAACUGAAUUCAGGCAAUUUUUAUUAUACACGGGGAAAAUAGUUUUGAAAGGAAUUUUACGACCAGAUUUAUAUGCUCAUUUUAUGUCUUUGAGUGUAGCUAUAUGCAUUUUAGUAUCUCCACGUUUAGUGAAUGAACAUGUAAGUUAUGCAAGAAAUCGAUUAAAUUUCUUUGUUAAUGAAGGCAGAAACCUUUAUGGUCAAGAGUUCCUUGUAUACAAUGUCCAUAGUAUGCUUCACAUUUCUGAUGAUGCUGAAAAAUAUGGAGGUCUUGAUAAUUGUGGAGCAUUUGAAUUUGAAAAUUAUUUGCAAAGGUUAAAAAAGAUGGUGCGGUCAGGAAAGAAACCUUUAACCCAGAUAGUGAAAAGAAUUAAAGAAUCACAGACGUAUUUAGCCAGCAUGGAUGCGCAAAGAAAACAAAAUGAAAUAAAAGUCUCAUCUCGGCAAUCUGACAAUGCUUACUUAAUUGGACAAAACAAGUUCUGUCAGUUAUUAUCAGAAACAAAUAAUCAUGAUGAAGACGGCAAUGCUUUAAUGUUGUGCAGAGUAUACACAAGAAAUCAAGCCUAUUUCCAUACACCAUGUGAUUCAAGAAUGAUAGGAGUUUAUAGUUUUGACAAAAGAUAUUCUUCUGUUGAGCAUGUACAAUCUAAAAAACUGGGAAAACAAGCAAUUUUGAUUAAUAAGGAAAAUGAGAGCAAUAUUGUUGUCUUAGCUAUACUGCAUGACUUUUGAUAUGGUAAGGGAUAAUCGAAAUGUUUUGCUGUUGUCAAAUUUAGUGUUCAUUUUCUUACUUAUUUAGGAAAUGACUUAUUGUUCUGAACUUUAGGCAGAUUUUCAAAACAUACCACUCAACAAGGUUGAAAAACACAUCCAAAAUAUAAAACAAGCUGAUGAACUAAGAACAUGCCAUACAGUUUUACAUAAAUUAUUAAGAAUGAAACAUAAUUUGUUUUUAUACACCAUGUACACAAAUGUACAUUUUGUCAUUUAUACAGCCAACAUGUUAGACCUUCGACCAAGAUUAUCUCUAUUCACGACACAUGAUAUUGUUUAGAAUUUGAAUAGAACUCCUGACCAAUUGCUGUCUCAGUCGAUUUAUUCACUGCAUUAUGUCUGACAUGUAUGUUAAUAUACAAUGUAAUUUGUUACAAAAUUUAGAAAUUAAAACUUACUUCCUAUAUGACAUACUUAAAUAUACACUCCAAAAUAAGCAACGUAAUUAAAAUUUGAAUUAUUGAUAAUCUAAUUUUUUAAGAUUUAAAAAACUCGAGCAGAAUAUAGAAAAAAAACUCAUACUGAUGAAUACUUAUGUCAAUUUACGUUACAUGUAUAUGUUGACAUGUUGCUUUGAGGCAGCCAUGAUUUUUUUAAAUUUUUUUUACAGAUCUAUGGCUUUUUCAUAUGCAAUAGUAGAAUUCAUAAAUGAUGAUCCACCAUCAGUAGCAAUUGUACACCAGGGAUGGUUGGAUAGCAAACCAGAUGGUAUGUUUUGUUAUUGGCCGAGGACAAAUGUUUCAUUGAAGGCCAGAAAAGCCGAAAUUGCAGACAAGGAGAAGUGGGUAAAGUAUUCUAUUAGAAUACUUCACUACACAGAUACAUAUGAAAGUGCAAUCCAGAUGUGCAAGGAUGCGCAAUACACAUCAAACUUGUCAAGUGACGAUAAUGAAGAAAUGGGACGAGGUAAAAGAACCAAACAACAAAACUUUGAAAAACAAGAUUCCAAAAGUGAUGCAGAUGAUGAAGAGGAAAUGAAUGUUUCAAGAAAAAAACUGAAAAAAGCUUCGACUCCAACUCCAAAUGCAUCAGUACUUAAUCAUGAGCACUAUAGCCAAAGUACACCUAUCAGUACACCUAUCAGGCCAUUAGGAAAUUCAGAAAAUCAUGAGCUGGAAAGCCAAAGUUCACCUAUCAGUACACCUAUCAGGUCAUUAGGAAAUUCAGAAAAUCAUGAACAGGAAAGCCAAAGUUCACCUAUCAGUACACCUAUCAGGUCAUUAGGAAAUUCAGAAAAUCAUGAGCUGGAAGGCCAAAGUACACCUAUCAGUACACCUAUCAGGCCAUUAGGAAAUUCAGAAAGAAGGAAAGAAAGACGGAGAGAACUUCACUUACUCCCAGAUCUACCAGAGGAAGGUCAAUUAAAUUUACCAGAAAACACAAGCAGUUUUGAACGGAUAGUAUUGAGCACCCUUAAACAUGUGGUAAAGAAUCAAGAAAACAUCCAGGCAGAGCUUGCCCUCAUUUCCGGAGCAGCAGAAGAUGAUGAAAUAGAAGACUUGCUUCCCUCCCCAGUAAAUUCUCUUGAGGAUUUCAUCCAAUGGGGAAUUAAAUUAGAGGAGAAGCAGUGCAGAAAGAAAUUGGCAUCUUUCCUUAUUGCUUUUGGAGGAGCAACAUGUCUAGAAACAGUGAGAAAUAUUCUGAAGAAAACAGUGACUAACAAUGUACUAUCUUUGUACAGCUUGAGGGGAAAAAAGGGGAAAAAGGUCUUUCAGGACCAUAACUUGUACAGAGUUCUUAUAAGAGCAUGUUUAAAGUUGCACAAGUGCAAAAGACAGGAAAUAGAAGAUUGCAUAAUUGAGGUGUUAAAGCAUGCUCCUCAUAUGCCGGGAGGACCUAAAUACAAGAAACCAGCUUCAAGAAGAAGAGAUAUAUCAGACUCUGAAUAAAUAAUAUAUGAUAUAAAUGUAUAACACUAUAUGAUCUAAUUAUUAAAAUAU